AUGGAAGACAGUCUGAUUGAAUAUUUCCAUUAUGGUAUUCCCCGCUUUUCGAUAGUUUGCUUUAUGCCACUUUGCUUUUGUGAAAGACCUACAGGUAACUAUUUUCCAAGUUAUGGCUUUCAAUAUGGAGAUCGAGACCAGACAUUUCAGCGCAAUUAUUACAAUCCGAAAGAAGGAACAUGUUAUACUUGGGGGGCUGAUCAUUUCCAUACCUUUGACAAUGCAUUAUUUGUCAUCAACGCAACAUGCAACUAUAUAUUUGCGAGCGAUUGUUUUGGAGAUUUCAAUAUUCAACUUCGUAGAAAGAUUGAUGGAAAGAUUUCAAGAAUCAUAAUCCAGAUCAUUAGUACGAUGGUUAAGAUUGAGAAUGGAGAUAUUACAGUGAAUGAAGAGGGACCCAUCAACGUACCAUACCAUGGAAAUCAAAUACAAAUCCAUCCUGUGGAAACCGAAAUCAAAUUAGUUGUUAAACAACAAGGUUUUGAUAUUGUUAUUACCUGGGACAAUGAAAACUUUCUGAUGGUUGAACUUGGUGAUCAGCAUCAAAAUAAAACAUGUGGCUUGUGUGGUGAUUUCAAUGGUUCUCCUGAUGCUAAUGAGUUUAUCAUAGACGGUAUCGAACAAAGCGUGUAUCAUUUUGCCAGAAAGUGGCAAAUAGAUGACCCUUCAGAAGAUUGCCAUGCUGAACAACAAUCAUAUUUGGUAGCAGAUAACCAAGAAUUUGAAGCUUUCUGCAAUGUGUUGCUGAACAUCGUGGCUCCAUUAUGUAAAAUACGAAGAGCAGAUUACAUCAAGCAAUGCCAAUGGGACCUUUCUCGGUGCAUCAUACAAGGAGACAAAAAGUGUGCAUGCGCUACUUUUUCUCAAUUUUCACGUCAGUGUUCUAGGGCAAUGCACCCUGUGAACAACUGGAGAAAUAGCACAUUUUGUCCAAUGGCUGACUGUCCAGGAAACCAGAUAUACCGGGAAUGUGGAUCUCCCUGCAAAUCUACUUGUUUAAAUCCACAGUUUACCUGUGACAGUUAUUGCAAACCUGGUUGCUUCUGUCCUCCUGGAAGUGUUCUUGAUGAUAUUACUUCAAAAGAUAAAUGCAUACCACGACAUGAAUGCUCCUGUGUUCUAAAUGGGAAAAUUUAUGCUCCAGGAGAAAAAAUGGAUUCAUCAUGUACUACCUGCAUAUGUGUUGGAGCACAAUGGGACUGCUCUGACAUUCAAUGUCCUGGCACUUGUUCAAUCGAAGGAGGCUCAUUUGUGACGACGUUUGAUGAAAGAACAUACAGAUUCCAUGGUGAUUGCGAGUAUCUACUUGUUGGGAGCAAUAAAAUGGCCAGGCAUGGUACUGUAGAAGCAGUUUUUGAACAAUGCGGUACUACAUACACAAAAACCCGUUUAGCAAGUGUCAUCUAUGCUACUUAUGAGAUGAAAAUCGUUUUUUCAAUGGAUGGGAAAAUAGAAGUAAAUAAUCAACAGAAAGAUUUACCAUUUCGGGCAGGCAAUGUCAAAAUCUACAGACGCUCUUCCAAUUACAUUCAAAUGAAUACCAACUUUGGCCUGGACAUACUUGUAAAGGUUAUUGAAGUUUUCCAGGUGUAUAUCACAGUUGGAGUGAUGUUUUAUGGCAGUACCAGUGGGCUAUGUGGUAAUUUCAAUGGAGAUUCAACAGAUGAUUUUAAGAGCAGUAUGGAAAUAACAGAAGGUAGUCCGGUUAAUUUUGUGAAUUCCUGGAGAGUCACAGCACAUUGUGGAGUUGCUCAUGAUGAGGAUUCUGAUCCUUGCUCAUUAAGUCAAGUAAACGAGGUGUUUGCUGAGACCCAUUGCUCUGAACUGUUGAAAGAGAACUCCAUAUUUGGACAAUGUCACAACUACUUGGAUCCUAUAGAAUUUUAUCAGUUUAAUAUUGUCAGUAAUGACCUGAAGGAUGCCCUAAAGUUUAAAACCAGAAUGGACUCUUCAAGUGUUGGCACCACCAGUGGUGUAUCUGCCAGUAGGAAGCAGCUGAUGGCAUCUGCCUCCUGA